GACAAGCCGGCGCCAUUUUCUACCUCCCACGCAGUAAUACACGUAAAAAUGCUGGUCCAGGUGAAGUACAGCCAACAGCAGAAAUAUGUGAAGCUGGAUGAGGAUGAAGGACCGUUUGACUUUAUGCAAUUCCAUGAAAAAGUCAUUGAGAGAUUUUGCCUGCCACCUGAUGCAAAAGUUAUAUACAAGGAUGCAACAGGGACAGAAGUUGAUGCAGAAAUAUUCAGCGACCUCGUUGGACAAGGAAAUGUGGUGCUGACAGUUUUCUCAGAUCAGGAAUUCUCUGAUUUCUCCUUGUCUUCUGCUUCUGAGACGUCUGACUCAAGCUUCAGCUCAAGUGCAUCAACUAUAAUCCUAGAUGAAGUCCCUAGGAAGAGACAAAGAAUUGAGGAUACAUGUGAUGCUGUGUCUGCUAAACAGUUGAUUGAAGCUGUGCUAAGAGGCAAGUCUAGGGGUGAAGAAGUACUACAGGAGUACCAAACAACAGAAACUCUAACAGAUGCUGCAAGAAGAAAAAUGGUUAACAUCCUGGUGGCUGACAUGAUUGACAAACAUGGGUACCACCCCACUAAAGCAAUCAGAGAAGAUUAUGCACGUGGGAUAGUGAUGUUGUUCCCUUCCCUCAAGGAUCCAUACUCCAAGAAGGGCUAUGAACACUUCUAUGAUGCUGCAAGCAGCACAGGAUACAUUUCUUGGCGUCUGAAAACAGUCCAGAGGAAGAAUCGUCAAGGAUCUGCAUUGCCCCCAAAUAGCCCAAUUGACUUUUCUCCAGGGGGGCCAAAUUUCCAAAGGACUGUUAAUGUUGAAAGGCAGCUUGAUGGUGAUGCUUGCCAAGAGGCCAUGUCUUUGCUCAACCAUACCACAGACAAUUCCUUGGUUUUCCAGAAGAUGAGGGAGACCUUUCAGCACCGUCAGAAGCUUGUUAAUGACCCAGGCAGAAGUGUUGAUAUCCUUUCCAGCUUCCCAAGAUUCCUGGAUACACAAGGAUUGGUGGACCAAGACUUCACUCUCCUAUUUGAUGACGAAACAUCCUCCAGGCUGCUUCAGAAAUGGGAUUUGUUCUUCAAGCCAAAGGUCAUGAAAGAGGCUAAGCGGCUCACCUCAACACCAGAGUUGCGACGCUUGGUGCAGUCAGCAGAAAGUCCCCCAGGAAGUGAUCUUGAUGAUGCAACAACCUAUGACCAAGACAUGGCUUCCCUGUUGUUGCUGUUACAUAUGCUUCCACCACCUCCAGGGGGACUGAAGUCUCCAAAAAUUAGUGCAUGUGAUGCAGUUGAGAGACUUGUUGUCUUUCAUAAGUCAUGCUGCAGUUUGGAAGAGCAUCUCCGCAACCCGGGUCAGCAGCCGUACCUCCUCGCUGUUGGGCGACAGAAGAGCAAGAUCGACAGGUUCUACAUCACCAUGGAUAAGCGUCUCAUCCCAUGCAAGGCAAACCGCUCCCUUGGGGCAUUUGAUGAACUUUUCAAAGCACAUUUUGUGUUUAAUUUGUCUUACGAUGUGGCACUUGUGAAUUUUUACACAUUCCUGCAGACAACAGUGUAUAACAUUGAUGUGGGGAAAAUGAAGGAGUCACCCAGAGUUAAAGACUUGAGAGCAAGACUGCUUAACCAGCCAGUAGCACUCUCACCCUGUGAGUAAGACGCUAUAAAAUGUUGACCUGUUUCAUGUGUCAGAAAAAUUAUCCCAGCAGUCAGCAGUUGAUUUCACAUUUAAGAGUUGAACAUGGUUACUAUCCUGGACCCAAGUUCAAAUUGUUUUGUUCUCAGCAAGGCUGUAGGCAUCAGUUCCUAACAUAUACAGGUUUUCGGAAGCACCUUAAUAGUGUUCAUAGCAAUGUUCAGCAAAUUGCUCAAACUUCAACUGCUGCAUGUUCAUCUAGUGAGCCAGUUGCAACUUCAUCUCAGGCACAUGCUUUGGAGGACAAAUUUAAUCCACAAAAUCAAUGUAGCUCUUCCAGUGUUUCUUCUGAGAGUAAUGAUUCAGGACUUACUAAAGAUCCAACUAAAGAAAUGUGUGCAUCCAUCGUGG